CCGCGGUCGCUGCGUGGGGCUGACACGCCCCAGCCCGGGGCUGGCUCCGGGCCGGCGUCUCCGCCCCAUCGCCGGGUGGCGGCGGGGGGUUAAAAGCUUCCCCGUCGCACGGGCCGGCCCCAAACCCUCGGCUCUUCGGCCAGCACGGUCGGAGCGGCCACGCUGGAAAACCAAACCGCGCCGAGCUCAGAGCCGGACCGGCUCCUUGGGGCUCCCUCCGUGGGCCUGGAAACAGCAGCGCGCCGGUCCCCUGGGGGCUAGAGCCCCGGCGAGCGGGUGGGUCUCCGAGCCAGGGCUCCAGCCCGAGGUGGGACUGUCUACACGGCUACUUGUAGCCCUGCGGCGUGAGCCCAGUCACUUGACCUUGGCUCGGAGAUUCGCUGCCACAGGAUUUUAGGUUUUUUAGUUAUUUUUUUUAGCAGUGUAGAUGUACCCUUUGAGAGGCAAAGUUCAGUCCAGCCUGCUCUUCUUCCUUGCUGUGAAUCCCAGGAACUAAGGGGCUGUGGUAGGAAUGCUGAGAUGAGCCCCUGCCUCCAGCGCUAUAUUCAUCCUCACUAAAAUGGAGUCUUACCCAGCUGUUCCCCCAAUCUGGUCUGUGGAGUCGGAUGAUCCAAACCUGGCAGCUAUCCUGGAGAGGCUGGUGGAAGUCAAGAAAGGAAAUACAUUGCUUUUACAGCACCUGAAGCGGAUAAUCUCCGACCUGUGCAAACUCUACAACCUUCCCCAGCACCCAGAUGUCGAGAUGUUGGACCAGCCUCUGCCGGCAGAACAGAGCACCCAGGAAGAGGGGUCCUCGGAGGAUGAAGAUGAGGAGAUGCCAGAGGACACUGAGGACUUGGAUCACUAUGAGAUGAAAGAGGAGGAGCCAGUCGACGGGAAGAAGACUGAGGAUGACGGCAUCGGGAAGGAAAACCUGGCCAUCUUAGAGAAAAUCAAACAGAACCAGAGGCAAGAUUACUUAAAUGGCGCAGUGUCUGGCUCUGUGCAGGCCACUGACCGGCUAAUGAAGGAGCUCAGGGAUAUUUACCGAUCACCAAGUUUCAAGGGCGGAAACUAUGCAGUUGAACUAGUGAGCGACAGCCUGUACGAUUGGAACGUCAAACUCCUGAAGGUUGACGAGGAUAGCGCUUUGCACAAUGAUCUCCAGAUCCUCAAAGAGAAAGAAGGGAUGGACUUCAUCCUCCUAAACUUCUCCUUUAAAGAUAACUUCCCUUUCGACCCACCGUUUGUGAGGGUUGUGUCCCCUGUGCUCUCGGGCGGGUAUGUUCUGGGGGGAGGUGCCAUCUGCAUGGAGCUGCUUACAAAGCAGGGCUGGAGCAGUGCCUAUUCUAUUGAAUCAGUGAUAAUGCAGAUCAGUGCCACGCUGGUGAAAGGGAAAGCAAGGGUGCAGUUUGGAGCCAAUAAAAAUCAGUACAGCCUGACGCGAGCUCAGCAGUCCUACAAGUCCCUGGUUCAGAUCCAUGAGAAGAAUGCUAGCAGCUGGGGCAGAGCAGGACUGCGAAUAACAAACCCAGCUGGAUGGAGAACUCUCUCUCUGAAGAACUGCAGCAGCUCGAAGGAGCUGAAUGUGUAAUACCUUACUUGGCCUGAGACCGAGAUGAGUUACUGCUGACACAGUUCUCUCCUGUUUGCUGAAACUAUCCAUCUCUUCCUCCACCGCUUCUCAAAUGCAGGUGCAUGGGGCAUAUUACAGGGUGGGUUAAAUUUGGUACCCAGCUAAUUGAACCAUGUAAUGCUGCCACUAAAAACGGCUGUGUAGCAGAGCAAUAUCUGGGUGAUGCCUGGCCUAGCCAUCCUGGGGGUGCUUGUGGUCCCGCAGAACUAGACCAGGUAUUGCAUGUGCAGAGCUGGAGUGCUCGAGAUGGAGAGUAUUUUCCUGCCCUGUGCGUGCAGCAUGCAUACUGUGCAGUGCUUCAGUGUGGGCAGAACCUACAGGCAAGGCAUGGGAGGGGGGAGGAGACUGUCCAGCUGUCUAUCGCAGAGCUGCAUGGUCUCACAUGUGAGGCUCUUGUCACAUAGAAGGUUGCAGGAAUCUGGUGUGACUGUUCUGGGGAGUCUAGCUGUAGUAGUGGGGUGAGACUUGUCCCUCCCAUGGAGUCUUUGUUCUUGUUUCAGGCUGGUACACACCACCCAAGGAAGAUGGCUAGCACUGACAGCUGGCUGGGCUCUGCAGGACCACUUGGUUACUUUUGAACGCUGUACUUGGCCCGUAAGAUGCCCCUGUGGCUCCCUCCUGGGAUGUGAUCGCUCUGCCUGUUUGCAGGACAGUAAUGUCUGUCAUAAACUCAAAGGGGAAAACUGCGUAAUCAGUCGGACUGACAUGAAACUCUUGCUGGACCUUUGCUAGCAGGCAUCCUUAUUAAAACAAAACUCUUGAGCCUCUUGUAUCGCUGGAAACUUUCGACUCCGCUCCGGUCUAGAGCACCCUCCUCACCUAUGCUACGGAUUUAAUUUAUUUUCUUAUUUCAUGUACACUGCUUUUUUUGGUUACAGUGUAUGAUGGAUGUGUAUGGAAAAUGUAUCUUUGAAGAAAAAUUACAGUUUGUUAAUUUGAA